GUUUCUCUUUUCUUCGUCAAACUUUAGAAAAAUAAUUAAAAGGCGGUGAAGACUAUUAGAACAGCUAACUUAUCCGUACAUUAUUCCCUCAAGAUCCCUUUAGCACCGUCUUCAAUAUAAGUUUACAAAUGGACUCUACAGCAUCUUCCCCCCCAUAUUUCGAGGGGAAUACCUUGACCAUUCAAAUUGAUGGACAGCCAUCGAACAAUCUGGACGUAACCGUCCUCAAAGCUUUUGAGCCUUUCACCCUUUCAUGCGCUUUACUUGUUCAGCUCGACUGGUCGAUGUUGAAGUUGAAAGGCCAAUAUGUACUCAAACUCUUCGAUCGACGCUUUGCUACAGAAGUUCGGCGGUAUAAUAAAGCCUGCCCUUGGGAUCCUAAGAUCGAGGACGAAUAUCGCAAUUUCGUCUACGACGAUGACAUAUCAGCGCUUUUUACAUUCUGUGCGGAACAAGAGACCGAUUACAAGUGGACUCCAAGCGCGCAAAAGGACUGGAAUGGAGCUCACCUUGAAGCUUAUCUACAGUACUGCUGCCGAAACUACUAUAUGACGGAAACACAAGUAUACGACCGACUCCCCGAUUUGCAAGGCGAGGAUAUUCCCCGUCUUAUAGCGCGUGUGCUAAUAAGACGCCCCUCGAGCGCCGGUCUAAUCGAUAAAUAUCUCGACUGUCCGGGCAUCCUGUUAGAAUAUAUCCAAGGCUACCACUUAACUGACCUUGAAGAAAACACGCCGAAAGCCGCCUGGCAACAAAUAUGCGAUGAGGCCAUCCGCAUUGUCAACCGGAUCGGCGAGCGAGAUAUCCGCAACGAAGAUGUCAAGACCAGGAAUUUCAUCAUCCGAACAGAUCCACGUACGGCCCUGCUUAAAAUAAUCAUGCUAGAUUUUGGUGCCUGCGUUCUACGGAAACCAGACCAAGACGACCAAGAGUGGCGAGCACAGAAAGCGGCGCAAGACGAAGAGGGCGCGAUUGGCCUGGUCAUGGAAAAGAAGCUAAAAGGAGGCUUUCAAUAUACACGAUCUGAGGGAUCUGAGAGGUUGAUGAGAGAAUUUCAGAGCUGGACACCAAAGCCGAGUUGA